AUGGCGAAUAGCUCUGAAAAGCCGCGCCCUGCGGAUGGUGAUGAGGGCAUCCGCGACACGGGCGCCGCGGUGCAGCUGGCCCACGAUGCGCAGAACCACUCUGUGUCGCCGUGGACGGGCGGCAUGUUUCGCCUGUACCUCGUGCUGGCCUGCGCCUACUUGUGCGGAUGUUUGAAUGGCUACGAUGGAUCCCUCAUGGGCGGUCUCAAUGGCAUGAAGUCGUACCAAAACUACUUCAACAUGGGCGUCGAAGGCUCGAGCCUCGGAAUCGUCUUCGCCCUAUACAACAUCGGCUCCGCCGCCGCCGUCUUCUUCACCGGCCCCGUCAACGACUCCUUCGGCCGCCGCUGGGGCAUGUUCACCGGCGCCUUCAUCGUCAUCAUCGGCACCUGUGUGCAGGCCACGUCCACCGGCCGCGGCCAGUUCCUCGCGGGCCGCUUCCUCCUGGGUUUCGGCGUCAGCUUCUGCUGCGUGUCGGCGCCGUGCUACGUGAGCGAGAUGGCGCACCCCUCGUGGCGCGGCACGCUGACCGGCCUGUACAACUGCACUUGGUAUAUCGGGAGCAUCAUCGCGAGCUGGGUCGUCUACGGGUGCAGCUACAUGACCACUGCCAGCGGCGAUCCCGACCAGAAGGCCUGGCGGAUUCCCAUCUGGUGCCAGAUGAUCACGUCGGGCUUCGUCGUCCUGGGAGUCUUCUUUCUUCCCGAGUCGCCGCGUUGGCUCAUGGCCCAGGAUCGCUAUCAAGAUGCCGCCAAAGUGCUUGCCACCUACCACGGCGACGGUGACGUAAAGCACCCGAUGGUGCAGCUGCAGCUCCAGGAGAUGAGCACGCAGAUCUCGACCGAGGCUUCGGACAAGAAGUGGUGGGACUACCAUGAGCUCUGGAACACCCACAGCGCUCGCCGCCGUCUCAUUUGCGUCAUCGGCAUGGCUUGCUUUGGUCAGAUCAGUGGAAACAGUCUCAGCUCGUAUUAUCUCCCAGCCAUGUUGAAGAACGCUGGCAUUCUCAGCGAGAAGAAGGUGCUUGCGCUCAAUGGCAUCAACCCGGUGCUGUGCUUCUUUGGAGCCAUUCUCGGAGCCCGCUUGACUGAUGUUAUUGGCCGACGCCCUCUUUUACUGUACUCUAUUGUCGCGUGUUCUUGCUGCUUUGCCGUCAUGACCGGAACCAGCAAGCUGUCCCUCGAGCAGCCCGACAACACGGCGGUUGCAAACACCACUGUGGCCUUCAUCUUCCUGUUCGGCAUCAUCUUCUCCUUCGGAUGGACGCCUCUCCAGUCCAUGUACAUUGCCGAAACCCUGACCACCAGCACCCGCGCCAAGGGAACCGCCAUCGGCAACUUCGCCAGCGCCUGUGCGUCGACCGUCGUCCAGUACAGCAGCGGGCCUGCCUUUGAGGACAUUGGCUACUACUACUAUCUGGUGUUUGUGUUCUGGGACCUCUUCGAGUGUGCAUUCAUGUACUUUUUCUUCCCCGAGACCAAGGACCGCACCUUGGAGGAGCUGUCGGAGGUGUUUGAGGCGCGCAACCCGGUCAAGAAGAGUCUGGAGAAGAGGAGUGCGCAGACGGUUAUGAACACGCUUAAUGUGACGGGCGAUGAGAAGAUGGACGCUGGCGAUCCUUCGUUCCCUCGGUCCGUCUCGGUCCGCCGUUCUCGCAGCUCCUUCACUGCGAUACUUGUCGUGGGCGCAAGAUACGUCGUGAGAUGUGAUGGAGGAACUCCGUGUACCACCUGCUCCACGGCCGACCAGGAUUGUACAUAUGGUGCCGAGUCCAACUCGAGAGGCAAAAAUGACCUCAUCCUCGAGGGAAUCCUGCGCGUCGAAAAGUUCCUCCACGAAAUAAAUGCCAAUCUCUCCACUGGCUCGCAGCCCGAUCGUCGCGUCUCCUACGUCUCCCCAAAUGCGCAAUUUGGAAGCUCCUUUUCGGGAUCGCCUCACAACGAGGGAAAUGCGCGCCGUCCCAGCGUCCCCAUUCAAGAAGCCCUCAGCGAGUCGCAUCCCAGCAAUGGAUAUAGCUUCGACAAUGCAGUGCUCGACUCAAUGCACACUUCGACCACGGAAUCAAUCCUCCAAUGGCCUCACUUCGACAUCUUCCCGUCGCUUCGCACCGAACACACUUCAAUAUUCCACCUGGAACAAUCACGAACAAUCCUUCCGAUAAGGCCAAACGCAAUGUAUCCAUACGUCGACAUUGACGACAUCAAUUCCAUCCUCGACUCGUUCGAGCACAAUCUCAACUUUUGGUACCCAACCAUGUCCCAGGAGCAACUUCAGAAGAUUCGAGUGACACUGCAGGCUGGCGUCCCUUCCGAGGACAACGUCGAGGUGUGUCUCACUCUCCUGACCAUGGCGCUUGGGUGUGCAAGUCAGACCCUUGCAGGCCUCGCGUCUGGGGAGGUUCUCACCGAAGACGAGUCGCGAAGACGAUUAAUGAAGCGGAAGAUGGGCGACAUCUACUUUGAAUCCGCCUUGAAGAAACUCUACGUAGCACACUUGCAUACCAACUCAGAAGCUGCGCAAUGCCUAUUCUUCGCUGCCAUGUACUUUGCUUUUCUCGUCCGGCCGCUCCAAGCCUGGGAGUUCCUUAGCGCAACGGCUGCCAAAUGUCUGCUACUUCUCUCUUAUCCUCCCAAUGGAGGUACACCCGAAGACCAGGAACGUGUGAGAAGGAUAUUUUGGUCAUGUUAUAUUCUUGAAAGCGAUUACGUAGCAGAACUAUCUGCAUGCCCUCCGUCAGGCAUCGCACGAAUCGAGUCUUCCAUUCCAUUGCCUGGAGCGUAUCACACACAUUCUACAAACGACCAAGAGGAGCAAUCGGCUCUUUAUUUCCUCGCUUGUAUCAGCAUGCGUCGCCUUUUGAAUCGAGUCCAUCAACUGCUCUAUGCUCGGGGCACCGGAGCCGCCCUCGACACGGCACGAUUCCCGCCUAUUGUCGCCGAGCUGAAUCACCAGCUUGACGAAUGGCGUGAUGUUCUGCCUGUCGCCUUUGAGUUUAGUAUCGACACACGACCAACUCGGACAGAUGCAGGUGGCUUUCUGAGGCAGCGGUACUUGACCUGUCAGGGCGUCAUCUACCGUCCAUAUCUGAUGUGGAUUCUGAGUGGAAGUCAGAUCGGCUCCCAUGGCAUCAGUGCAAUUUCACCUAGUCAAGAUGCGCUAUCCAAGUGCCGGGCCUGCAUUGACGCCUGUAUGCUGCAUGUCCUCAAUCUACGGGGGUUUGCACACACGAUUCUAGUCGAUACGUGGAUUUGCUCUCUUUCAAUGUCCGGAGCUAUGCUCAUUCUACUUGCAGCCUGUCAAGUACCAAUAUUGAAGAACCUCAUCGAUCCAAAGGUCCUCAAGAUGGGUGACCAUCUCAAGGGCCUCUUCCAAGAAUGGCGGCAGCUUGAUGUAGGCUCAGAUUCGCCGAGCGUGGAUCAAAGCCUCUGGAUUAUCCAUGAAGCUGACAGAUUUAUCAAAGAGGGCUACAAGCCAGGUGCAUCCAGUGUAAUGUCUUGA